UGGUCAAGUUGUAAAGAAAUAAAAAUAUUAGUGUGGUCAGUUACAGAGUGCGAUCGCAUGCCAUUCCUGUCCAAGCCUGUAUUUACUAAGGAUUUCAACAAAUCAUUCAACCAUUCUAAACUUUUUUAAAAAUACAUAAUCAAAUGGAUAACAUUUUGAGUAAAAACACUUUGAGUCACUUUGAAAACUUUUGAAAAAUGGAAUCUUUCCGAUAGAAACUGCUGUAGAAAAUGGAAUUAUAUAUGUUGUGAAAAUAUUUUGUAAUGUAUGUGCUCUUCAUCAAGAGAAUAUACUGGCCAAUACCAAAGGAGCAAUAAGUGUAUCAGUGAGUAGCGUGUCCCAUUUAUGUAUCGCUUUACAAUACAUAAGUGGGACACGCUACGUUAAAAAAGAUGGCAUUUCUCAACAUUUACAAAGUGCUGCCCACAGAAAUGCAAUCCGAUUGUCAAAUGAAGACCUAAAUGAAAACAAAGAAGCAAAAGCAAACGACAAAGAGCAACAGGUUAAUAGUCAGAUAUUAUAAUUAUUUUAUAUUUUAAACUAUAAUUUUAAACAAAGAUGUUGAAAAUUUGAAUUAGUUCACUUUUUAUAAAUAAAAAUCAUUUUCAAGUUUAAAUAUGAAAUAAUUAUUUACUACAUGCAACAAAGCCUCUAUAAAAUAAAGUCAUCAAACUGUCUACUUUCCAUGGAAUUCCUCAUUAUUUUCAUAAAUUUAAUAUAAUUAUGAUAACUUUUUUUACAACUCAUUUAUGUCCUUUUAAGAAAUUUUAUCUACUAUUUCUAUAAGGUGGAAACCGACAAACUCAACAUUAGUUCAUGUGAAACAAAAUUGACAGAGAAAGAAAAAUCUACAAAUAAUUUUUACAAAAACUUGGUAAAAAUAGCUUAUGAAAUGGCUUGCCAUCCAACUAUGCCUCAAGCACAUUUUACUAUUCUUGUUGAUUGUGCACGCAUCACAGGAUCAAACUUCAUAAAUCGUAAAGAAACAGGAUUUACUGGCAGAGAACUUAUCAAAUGUUGUGCCAAUACUGUCCGUGAGAAAUGCUAUAAAAUUCUCAAAAAUUGCAACUUCUUCUCAAUACUUAGCGACAGAAGUCAAGCACGAAAAACUGGAAAAGAAAAAGAACUUGUUUUAGUCCGUACAGAGCGCAAUGGAAUCUCAAUAUAUAUGGUUACUGAGUUGUUGGAAAUGUCACGUUUUUAUGGAAGCGAUUCAAACUCAGUUACUGCUGGUAUUAACAGUGUCUUUGAGUCAGAUAAUUCAUUUUUUAAAAUAUCUACUGAAGAUUAUAUUAAAAAACUAGUUUCUGCCACAGCUGACAACCCAAACGUUAAUUUUGGUAUAAAAAAUGGUGCCCUAACACAGCUAGAAAAAUCUUGCAAAUGGUUAUUGAAAAUACUUUGUAUCAACAACAGAAUCGAAUUGGCAAUAAAAGACACAUUCAAGGAUGUAACGGAAUUUAUAAAGAUCGAAGAAUUUUAUUUGUCAAAUUAUUACCUACUAAGAAAUUCUAACUUUUUACAUUUUACCAAAAAUAUAUGGUACAAGAUUUAUCGGGCACAGGAAAAGAGUCCUUUCUAGUCUUCUCGAGACAUGGCCAGCCUUUCUUUCAGCAUAUGAAAAUUAUGCAAGUGACCCAAAAAAUGGCAAAACAGUUGGAAAAGUAAAAGGUCUAUUAAAAUUAUUUAAAUGUCAAUCAUUUCUUGUUCAAGUAGGUUUAUAUUUAGACUGUUUGGAAGUUAUCAUCCCAGCUUCAAAAAUUUUUGAAAAAAAUGAGUUAUUACCUCACGAAAUUCCGACAACUAUUCAACGAACUUUAAUAGAAAUAGACGAUAAAAUAAAAUCAAUUGGGGAAGAAGAUGAAUUUUAUGACAGCUUUGUAAUUCGCUAUUUGGUCACUGAUCAAAAUAAAAUUGAAGGUUCCUUUCAAAGAGCUGGUGAUAAAAGAUAACAUCCUAAAAAUCGUUCUUCCAUUAAUGUAGCAAUGGAGAUGAAUAAGUUUGAUCUUGAAAAAACAAUUCAAAAAAUGCAUGAAAUUAAAAGAGUGAUUUUCCCUAAACUUAAUGAGUUACUUUCAAGUAGAUUUCAAGAUUACUCUCGUGAAUUUUCCAUUUACAGAAGUAUGAAAUUUAUUGAUCCAAUACAUUGGAUAGCUGAAGAUAAAGAAUCGGGAGUUACGCAAAUCUAGUUAAUUAGUGACCAUUUCGAAGUCUCAUUAAUAAAUGCUGGGUUUUAAAGAGAUGCUGCUUUACGAGAAUGGAAAAAACUUAAACUUUUAGUCACAACUGAGUACGAGUCUCAUCCUGUAAGAAGUUUAUGGAAUGUAAUUUUUAAACAUAAAAUUAAAGAAUUUCCCAAUAUAUGUCUUCUAGUUUCUCUUAUUAUGUCUAUAUCCGGAUCGAAAUUGGAAGUCGAGGGAACUUUUAGUAUUGCUACAAAUAUAUUAGCAGAUAAACGCCUAUCAAUGAACCAUGACACACUUGCUGAUUGUGUCAUAAUUCUUGGCAACAAAAGUCUUUGGUCGAAAGAUGAAUACGAUAAUAUUAUUGACUUAUCGUUGUUGAAAUAAAUGAAAAAACAAAGAAAAUCUGAUGUUGGUGAUUCUAACAAAGUUAGAACAGCAAAUACUCAAGAUACACAAACAUGCAGCGAUGCUGAUGACAUAGACAGUGAAGAUGAUAUGCCAGAAGACAAUCUUAAGGAAUUAAAUAUAUAAAUUCAUUUUA